AUCCUUUGCAUUGCUUCUGUACUUAGCAGGUUUGCAGGGCAGAACAUGUGGCAGGAUGUGCUCCUCCUCAGAUGCUAAUUCUUGAAGUCCCUAACAGCAAAGUGAAGUCUCUAAUAAUAAUAAGAGAAUAUGUAUUUGAGGGAUUUUUUAUUUUCUUUUUUAUUUUUGGAUAUGUCUUGCUCUCUGUUUUAACCAAUGUUACAUUAAAAUAAAGAUGAUACUUCUCUGUUCUUUCAGUGAAUGCAUAUGACAAGGUGAUUUUCAAGCCACAGUAGCUCUUAGAAGGUAUUGGUUUUGCUGGUGACAGAUAAAAAGGUUAUCUGAUGAAAUAUACAUGUUGAUUUUCUUCCAGGGAGUUUGUAAAUCCUCAACAAGAUUUAGAAGAUCCUGAGACUUAAGACUGCUUCUGCUGUCAAGCGGCUUGGAAAGCAAGUUGUCUCCCAGGUUGCUGAUCUGGAUAUCCAUCCCUGCAUCUCUGCUGAAGAAGAACCCGACUGCAUCUCAAAAGGAUUCCUGGAGCUCCCAUGUAUAACCUUCUUCUUACUGGCAAGCGUUAGAAAUGGCUAACAGAGGACCAAGCUAUGGCUUAAGCCGAGAAGUUCAGGAAAAGAUUGAACAGAAAUAUGACCCGGAAUUAGAGUCUAGGCUGGCGAACUGGAUUAUCGUGCAGUGUGAGGAACAGAUCGAACCCCCUCCUCCUGGAAGGCAGCAUUUCCAGACCUGGCUGAUGGAUGGAACGCUGUUAUGCAAGUUAAUAAACAGUUUACAUCCAAAGGGAAAUGAACCCAUUGCAAAGAUCUCUGAAUCAAAAAUGGCUUUCAAGCAGAUGGAACAAAUUUCUCAGUUCUUAAAAGCUGCUGAAAUCUACGGAGUAAGAACAACAGAUAUUUUCCAGACAGUGGAUUUAUGGGAAGGGAAGGACAUGGCAGCAGUGCAGAGAACCUUAAUGGCUCUAGGCAGUUUGGCAGUCACCAAGGAUGAUGGAUGCUACAAAGGGGAUCCAUCCUGGUUUCACAGGAAAGCACAGCAGAAUCGACGGGGGUUUUCAGAAGAGCAGCUUCGUCAGGGACAGAACGUAAUAGGCCUUCAGAUGGGCAGCAACAAAGGAGCCUCACAGUCGGGUAUGACGGGCUAUGGGAUGCCAAGGCAGAUUAUCUAAAAGCACCUCUGUCUGUAGAGAAAACACUCCUGCAGCAUGGUCUGUUCAGCAACAACAGAAAAAGAAAAAAAAAAAAAAAAAAAAAAGCUCAUUAGUUCUCUUUCUGCCUGGUUUUAAUAGUUAGUGCUCUGAGGUGUGGGGUAUUUUUUGUUUGGUUUGUUUUAUUUGCGGCUACAGGAGUUCAUCUAGGAACUUGGGUUUUCGUGGUGUUGUGUGUCAGUUCACAGCACAUGCGCACUGCUGCCUCCUACUUUUCACUUCUGAACUAUGCAAAGACAAUUAUUCUGUUUUAAUUUAUUUGCAAAGUGUUAUCUUCCGUAUUUGUCUCACAUUUCUCUUAUAUCUCAACCAGUAAUCUCGUUCUUCAAUUCAGUGAUGACAUUGUUUGAUCUAAGAAUAAAGACAUUUAAACACA